AUGGUCGUCACCAGGCUCGAGUCCCGCAAGUCGCUGCUUGGUGCCGAUCCAGGCUUCGCCGAGCACGGCAUGCAGUACCAGGAAAACUAUUCUCCCAACCAGGCCUACCCUGACGCCUACACCCAAGACUACCCCAACGGGCCCUACACGCAACCGUCGCUCGCGCAGCCCACCUACGUCGAAACCGCCAACAUGGUUGGUGACGACUUCCAUCAGGGUUACGCCGGUCGCCAGGGCCUAACCUCGAGUCACGCCAACAGCACUCAUCGCGACAACUUUGGCUUUCUCAAGCGUAAAUGGCCCUCCGCUUUCAUGGCUGUAACCGGUCUCCAGGCCAUCAUCUGCCUUGGCUUCGAGGCCUACGUCUUUGGCAAAUUCCAGCUCAGCCUCGGCCCUCAUGUCAACAUACCCAAAGUCCAGUCUCAAUACCUCACCAUUCCUACCUUUCUCACUCUCUUCAUCUUCGGCUUCCUCUACGAGCUUGUCAUCGUCUGGGACGCACUCCGCAUGAAGAACACGAUUCAAGUCAUUGGCGUCUGCAUCGCCAACCUGGCCAUGCUCGUGUAUACAGCCAUCCAGGUCGACCAGAUUCAGACCGCUGUUGGAGUCCUUAGCGAUUUCAACGCUCUUGGUCCCCAAAUCACCGCCGCCAGCCUCUGGGGCGAUAUCAAGGCCUUCCUUGUCGCCAUCCCCGCCAUCAUUGCCCUCUCUACCAUCUGUAUGGCCUUCUGUGCUUGGAGGCUCUACCAGGAAUUCGCCUGGGAUAUCCUCAAGAACAUUGGCGCUGACUACCGAAUGAAGAAGCGCUUCCUCCACUAUCAAAUUUACAUUGCUCUCCUCAAGUUUGAUUUUUUCUUCUUCCUUGGCUUUAUCAUUCAGUUCGUCGUCGUCGUUGCCAAGAAGUCCGAUCCCGAAUUCGCCGUCACAGUCGCCUCUAUCCCCGUUACCAUUGUUAUUCUUCUCGCCGCCGCGUAUUUCACAAAAAAGGAGAAUAAGACGGGCAUGGCCAUUACACUCGUUUUCUAUGUCGGUGGCCUUGUCUACUUUGUCUUCAAACUCGUUCGCAUCUACCAGCCCGGCUACAAGGAUUUCUACAUUGCCGUCCGAAAGUCGUUGACGGCAUUUGCCGUCAUCACCAUUCUGCUCAUCAUCCUCACCAUUGUCAACGGCAUCAUUUGCAUGCGCAACUUCGGAGCCGGUCUCAAGCCCCAUCUACAAUCCAGCAAGCGGGUCGAGGAGAACCCUGACGCCAUGUCUUUUAGUCUAAACGACGUCAAGGCUGCUGUCCCCAACCGCAUGACCAUUGACUAG